AGUCACUAGUCUUUAACGCACUUUGUUCGUGGUUGGUCGCGCAACGAGCGUUGCUAUUUUUAAUAAUUCCCUUGGCGCAAAACCCGACGUCGGCGGCGUGACGCACCGAAAAAAAGGGACGACGACGCAGGCGACGCUAGCGACGUCGGCGGUGAAAAGUGGAAGAUAACGAGUAAUAAUAAUCAUAUCGUCGGCGCGGCGGCGGUUUUCGAGAGCGGAAAAGAGCGCGAGUGAGUGAUUGGAAGUGUGGUGCGAAAGGAAGAGCGACGAGAGUCCACUAAUCACAAGAAAGGCGCGCACCAUUUUUCAUGUUAUUAAUGAAAAUAGUUUUAAACAUUAAGGCACGAUCAAGAGUACGCGUACCGGUGCAACGUGGAGGAGUACCACAAAAACAAAAACAAGCAAACGGCAAACAAAAACUAGCAGAACCAUAAAUACAUACAUCUUCGCGUCCAGAUUACAUGCAAUUUGGAAAACUAAUAUUAUAUGCCAUUAAAAACUUGGCGAUUUAGUUCGGGACUUCGAUUAUAUCAUUACCGCGAGGAAGGCAUGUAAUUUGGCCACUUGGCAGCGUUUUUUGACAACGAAUCGGUUCGCUAAUCGGCCUGAGCAGCGACAAUUAGUGACAAUUGUUUUUCGAAGCGCCACCACAAACGCAAGCAAACACACACACAGUCAAUCGUACACAUAAUAAUAAUCAUAAUAAUCAAUUGUGUGAUAGCUGCGAUUAGUAGUGAUCGUUUACGCGCUCGCGCAUUUAUGUGGCUGUGUGAGUGAGUGAGAGAGAGUGAUAAUUUUCACGAUUACGUGAAGACAGUGUCAAAACAAUAAUUAGUUUAAAUUGAAGCGAUAAAUUAGUGAUGUUUAUGUGCAGUUUUUGCCCGGUACUACUACGGCGGUGGCAAGUGGCCACUACUGGGGCACCGUGUGACUUGUACUAGCGCCGCACACCAAUACCACGAGGCCGGGGCAGGUUGUGGUGUGACCUAUCAUUACCGAAAAUUAGGAUUAGUGUAAUUAAUUCUUGGACACCCCACGGCGGGCAGGGGUCCCUGGCGCUUUAUGAAUGAAACGGUCGCGCGUUUUGUGAAUGAAAAUUAAUUUUAAUUAUAACAACAAUUCCCGAGCGAGACAGCAAGCACUUGGAGGAUCAUCGUGAUCAUAGCAAAACGGAAUCACUGCUAAUGUCCCGCUAAUUGAUCCGCGCUAAGCAAGUGGUGCGACCCCGUGUGUUCCUAAUUAAUUAGUUGUUAUUGUUGAGUGCUUGUGUUUGUGUGAUAUUACCCAUAAUUUAAACCAAAAGCGAAACCAUCCGUCGGUAGUCGGUUGUUCCCGUUGACAGAUAUUAGCAGCACCAUCAACGCAUCUAACGCCACACCGGUGAAUCGAAGAAUCGUUCGAGAUCAGGAACCCAAAAAUCGCCCAGCAGGGAGUCUUGCACCAUCGGGAGUGUGUGAAAACAUCAACAAAACUCAGGAAGAAACACAACACGACGAAAAGAAGACAGUGUGCAGGAAGAACAAACGUAAGGAUAACACGUUGCAGGGAUAGAAACGGAUCCCGAAAAGUUCGGAUCAGUGAUCGAGAAGAAGGAAGACAAGAAACACGUCUCCCGUACGAGCGUCGGAAUCUCUUUUGCUGAAAGAAAAAAAAAAAACGACGAGCGUGAGCAACUUCCUCCGGAUGGUGCAGCAGCAGUGUGCAACAGUGUGAAACCGAAUCCAGGAAGAACCCGGUAGUGCGCGCGUUCAGUGUGUGACGACAUCUGAUCCGAAGAUCUGACCGGUGCCGAAAUCCGGCCGUCGGGACAAGUGAUACUGCGUGUGUGAGUUCGGCGGGAAGUGAGCCCUUCCCACCUCCCAACGGCCUUACGAUUCAUUUCGAAAAAGUGGCCUCGAUCGGCCCCAACACGCUCAACUUUACGGAUCUCGGGGGGAGCCCCUACGAGGGUCCCCCCAGCACGCCCCAGUCCGGGAUGGACGCGCCCGACGCGCCCCACACGCCCAAGUACAUCGACGGCGGUGUGACCGGGGGUGGAGGCGGCGGCGGCGGCGGUGGCGGCAUCCCGGGCAAGUCGGCCUUUGUGGAGCUGCAGCAGCACGGCUAUGGUGGCAUCCGGAGUGGGUACCAGCAUUUCAGUCAGGGUGGCCAGGAUUCGGGGUUUCCGAGUCCACGGGGCGCCCUCGGCUAUCCCUUCCCGCCCAUGCACCAAAACUCGUACUCCGGUUAUCACUUAGGCAGUUACGCACCUCCCUGCGCUAGUCCACCAAAAGAUGAUUUCCUCUCGGACAAAAUCGAGGACACCGGCCUGCGGGUGAACGGCAAGGGCAAGAAAAUGCGCAAACCCCGCACCAUCUACAGUUCCCUGCAGCUGCAGCAGCUCAACCGAAGAUUUCAACGAACGCAGUACCUCGCGCUCCCGGAGCGGGCGGAACUGGCGGCCAGCCUCGGGCUGACGCAAACGCAAGUGAAGAUUUGGUUUCAGAACCGACGGUCAAAGUACAAGAAAAUGAUGAAGGCAGCGCAGGCACCGGGCGUCGGGGGAGGACUUCCAUUGGGCGCGCCGAACCAGGGUGGUCACAGUCCGUCGCAGCAUCAAAACAUGCACCAAGCACCCGGCGGAGGCUCCAGCAGUGGAUCGCCGUCGCACUUUCUACCUCCCGGACACAGUCCCACGCCGUCGAGUACGCCGGUCUCGGAGCUGUCACCUGCUGAUCGAAUUCCAGGCCUCAGUCCGCCCUCGCAAGCGCCCUGGGAGCAGAAACCCCCGCCGCACUGGGUCGACCACAAACCGCCGCAGAUGGCCCCGCAGACGAACCACGCACCCCCGCAGCCGACCCACGCGCCCCAGAUGGGCGGUUACGUACCUCAGUACUGGUAUCAACCGGAAACGAAUCCAUCACUAUUAACAGUGUGGCCGGGGACCGUUUAACAAAACGAGAAUGUAAAUUAUAAUUUUAAUUAUACAUAGUGUGUACUAGAGCAAAGUUUAGCUAGAUACAGAGUUCGCAGCAGCAGCAGCCGUGGUAGUGCAGGGGAAAUUGUAGGUGAGGAAUUAAGACAAACAAACAAACAAAAAAGCUUAACAGUGAUCUGAUUAACCGGUAGUUUUUAUUAGUAAAAUUUGCAACAACAACAAAAAAAUAAGAAUUCCCGACGGCAACACUGUGCGAGGUGCCCACGGUGUUCGUCGUGCAGUUCCUGAAAUUGUGCAAACCGCAACCAUUUCCAGCGGAAAAUUCAAGCAACUUCCCCUCUCUCUCUCCCUGAAGAGACGGGGGUGGAUUGAAAAUUUUAUAAAUGUACCCAGUUUAUUUUCUCUUUCGUUGGUUUGAACCAAACUGCUAAACUCGUUUCUAUGUGCGCGAUGAACUGAGCGAAAAGUUCUGCAGGACUGUGGUGGGUGGGGUUGAGAAACGUGUAAAAGCUUUGUGCAAUAUUCGUAAGUGUUAAACGUGUAAUGUAAACCUUUCUUUAUUUUGUUGUACUUCUUUUUUUUGUUUGAAUUUCACCGGGAAGCGAAAAACUAAUGGGGGAAAGUGUCUCAAUUUACUUAAAGCAAAACACAAAUUAAUCCUUGUUGUAUUUGGAGAAACAAAAUGAUAUGAAACAUUCCUUUAUAGAUUGUGAUUGUGAGCAACAAAAACAUUCCAAUGGUCUUGGCAUUUUAGAAUUCCUAAAACCUUUCUUUUCUCUAGAAUCCAUUUUUGCUGCCAUUGAAACGGAGAUAUAGCUUUGAAUGCAAUACUAGUGAGACAGAAUAAUUUAACAUUCCAACCGAAUAGAAAGAGCACAGCACAUGAAAAAAGAUAAAAAAAACAAAGACACUACAAAACAACAGCAAAACCGUUAGAGAAUCGAGUUAGUAGAAAUUUCAAAAAAAGUGGACAAGUUUUAAGUAUCAAAUAAAGUGUACAUACAAAAUACAGUUUAGAGUGAGUGCACACAGUUUCGUAACGCGCGCGCGCAAGAGGU